AUGGAACUGCAUAGAAAAUACAACCUAGUUCUGAGUUCUAGUUCCAAAACUUUGACUACAUACCACCUCAUUCUAACGACUGAGUACCAGAUAUAUAUUCAACCAUAACAUCAAGACUCCAGAUUCACAUCUUUCCAUAGUUUACGUCUUUAACAUCGUAUUUAUUGCCUCGCUAGCAUCCACAAAGAUGUCUGCUCCCAGUGGAUCCACAAACCACUGGAGAGCAAAACGCAAUACAGAACAUCAUCAAAAAGGAGAAAUGAGCCAAAGGUUCGACACUAGAGAUAGACGAACCCAUAGACAAAGCGAAACCACAGAAGAGAACCCAGAACCCAACUUGUCCAUAGGAUACGAGGUCGAUAACUUGAACUUAGGAUACGACGUGUAG